GAUACAAGUGUUAUCAUCCACCUACUCGGAAGCUCUAUGUCUUAGAUGAUGUCACUUUUGUUGAAAAUAAACCAUAUUUUUCUACACCUUACAUUCCGGAGGAGCUUCCUAUAAUUGUCGAUUUUGAUAUUGAUCCGUCUCUUGAUAUUUCUUCAUCGAGAGAUAUAGCUCCUCAUGAACGACCCCUUAAUGAUAAUGUUUACCAAUCCACCAUUCUCUUACUCGUAGAAGAAACAGAGAACGAUGGUAGAUUGAUUUAUCGGUUUCGGUUUGAUAAGGUGUAUAUAAGGAAAAAAGACGCCAUUCCUGCUUCUGCGACGAAGAUCAAUCACUUGUACCGAGUUACGAACCCGAG